AGGAGGCGUCACCGCUGCCCGCUCUUGUUGCUCUCCGCAGACAAUUGCCCCAGGACCUCCCAAUUGGCCCCGGACCUAUCGGCCGGUCCAGACGGUCCCCCCCCCCUACACCCAGCCCCGCGUGCUCCCAUUGGCCGGUAGGCGGUGCUGAGACGCCGAGGGGGUGGGGGGGGGGCGCGCGCCACACGGGGAGCUGGGGAAGCGGCCGGGCUGGUCCCAGUGGUUGGCAGGAGGGAGCAUGAGGCGGCCUCUUCCGAGAAGGGGACAGAAAGGCGUGUUGCUUGCCGCUGGCUUGCGCCCAGAGGAGCGAGGAGUUUCUUGACGGCCGAGGCUCCCCUGGCGCACCCCGCCCGCCGAGUCUCCGUCACCCCUCCAGUACCCCCCCCACCCAGCCCCCCUUCCCACCGGCGUGUGGAGGAGAUCGGCACUCACUUCGGAGGUGCAAGGGAGCUACCCGACGCGCUCGCGAUAGAACUGCCGACACUGCCGACGUGGAUCUUUGCAAAAAAAGAAAAAAGAAAGCGCGCCAUGGCGACUUCCGCGCGCGGAGGAGCGGCCUCCCCGCCCGCCGUCCGCUUGGCGGCAGCGGUGGCGAUGGCGGCGGCGCUGGCGCUGGCGACGCCGCCCGCACCGGCCUCCGGCUGCCCCGCCCCGUGCCGCUGCGACGGCGCCUUCGUGUACUGCAACGACCGCGCGCUCACGUCCGUGCCGAGCGGCAUCCCGCGGGAGGCCACCACCCUCUUCCUGCAGAACAACCUCAUCAACGACGCGGGCAUCCCGUCCGAGCUGACGCACCUCCGCGACGUGGACACGGUCUACCUGUACGGCAACCGGCUGGAGGAGUUCCCCACCAACCUGCCGCCGGGCGUUCGCGAGCUGCACCUGCAGGAGAACCGCGUGCGCGUGGUGCCGCGCGCGGCGCUCGCCCGCCUCGCCGCCCUCGAGAGGCUGCACCUGGACGACAACGUGGUCACCUCGGUGGGCGUGGAGCGCGGGGCCUUCGCGGGCGCCGCAGGCCUCAAGGUCCUCUUCCUGUCCCGGAAUCUCCUGAGCGCCGUGCCCAUCGGCCUGCCCCGCGGCCUCGAGGAGCUGCGGCUCGACGACAACCGCGUCGGCGCCAUCUCUGAGCAGGCGCUGGGCGGGCUCGGGAACCUCAAGAGGCUCUUCCUGGAAGGGAACCAGCUGAGCGAGAAGAGCAUCGCCGAACGGGCGUUCCGAGACCUCGACAGCCUCGCCGAGUUGUCCCUCGCCCGCAACGCGUUCGCCGCCGUCCCGGCGAACCUGCCGGGGACGCGGCUGGAGAGGCUCUACCUGCAGGACAACCGCAUCUCCAGGGUCUCCGCCGGCGCGCUCGCGGGCCUGCGGCAGCUCGCCCGCCUCGACCUGUCCGGCAACAGCCUGGGCGUCCUGCCGCAGGGCGUCUUCGACGACCUGAGCCAGCUGGCGCAGCUGUCGGUGCGGAACAACCCCUGGCGCUGCACCUGCGCGCUGCUCUGGCUGCAGGAGUGGAUGAAGCGGCGCUCGUCCGUCACCAUGGUGCGGGGCAUGGUGUGCCAGGCGCCCGAGACGGCUCGCGGAACGCCCUUGGAGGGGCUGGCGCUCGACUGCCGCGCCUCCGGGGACGGCGCGGGGCGCGCGAGAGUCGCGGCGGCGGCGGCGACGUCGACGCAGGCGCGGCCCGCCGAUCGCGACGCGCGGACCACGGCGAGGCCGGGCCCACGGAGCCAACCCCCCCGCGCCGGCGCCCCGAAGCACGGCGUUCCCGAGGCGGCCUCCGAGAGCGACCUGGAGGUGCGGUUGUCGGACGUCACCGACAGCAGCCUGCGCGUGAGCUGGAGAGCGCCGCCCGGCGUCAAGGUCCUCAAGCUCCACUGGGCCCGGCUCGGGCAGAGCACGGCGGCCGAAGGCGGCGGCGGCGGCGGCGGCGGCGGCGCGGGAGACGCCGACAAGGUGAUCGUGGCCGGCGACGGGGGGCGGCGGCGGCGGCGGCCACCGGAUUCUGCGCCUGCAGCCCGGCGGCACCUACCGGGUGUGCGCCGUCGUCGCGGACCCGGGCGACGACCGCCGCUUCGCCGACCUGCACGCGUGCGCCGAGGCGAGGACGCCGAGCCCCUCCGACUUCAACUCGUCGGUGCCGACGAACCGCGAGCGGGGGGACGGACGGGCGAGCGGAGCGGGCGGCGCGGGGGGCGGCGCCGGGGUGAUCGGCGGCGCCGUCGCCGCGGUCGCGGCGGCCGCGUGCCUCGCCGCGGCCGCCGCCCACGCGCUCAGGGGGCGCUGCUGCGCCGGUCGGACGGCGGCACGGGCGGUAGCGGCGGCGUGGGGCGGCGGCGGCGGCGCGAGGCCUGCGACUACGUGGACGGCGCCACCAAGAAGAAGGACGUGUCCACGCUGGAGGGCGGAGACGGCUCGCCCUUCCAGGUGGUGCCGCUGAACGGCGCGCACCCAGCGCGGGACGAGUUCACGAUACAGACGGUGUUCCCGCAGCGCCACGGCGCCGGGAUCGGUGGGGGGGGCGGAGGCGGCGGCGGCGGCGGCGGCGGAUGUGGCAGCGGCCUGGUUUACAAAUAUCACCAGAACGCCGGCGGCGAGGUGCACAGGGGCCGGCGAGAUAGCGGGGUGCCCGACUCGGACCACUCGCAGACGUAG